GCGCGUUCAUUUAAAUUUGGCGGUUAGUUGAAUGUUGUAAGAGUUUGGGAUACCAAGUUUCAGUUAAGAGAGAUGGAUCGAGGAAGGUUGAGCCGAACAUCUAGAAGACAGUCUGAUCUGCCUAUGAGGGUGGCAGACACCAACAGAAUGAGCAUGGCGUACGUCACACCGCAGAGAAAACCUUCAUUUGGAAAGCUUAACGUCCCCAAACCCCAAUCUGUCACCUCUGAAAAGCGGACCAGCUUCUUCGGUGCUCGGACUAGUGGAAUGGGUUUACCUUGCAACAGCACCCUGGGAGGGUUUGGAGGAGCUGAGAAGGUCAAGGACACCAGACCCCUGCACGAUAAAGGCUUUGUUCAGCAAUGCAUCAGACAACUGUGUGAUUUCUUGUCAGAGCAUGGUUUCCCAGGCUCUGUGUCAGCCAAGACCCUCCAGUCUCCUUCCACCAAGGAGUUCCUUAAGAUGUUUGAGUUCAUUUAUUGCCAACUUGACCCGACAUUUCUAAUGCCAACCUCAAAGGUUGAAGAGGAGGUGCCACGUAUCCUUAAAGACCUGGGGUAUCCAUUCGCUCUUUCUAAAAGCUCCAUGUAUUCUGUUGGAGCGCCACACACUUGGCCGCAGGUCCUUGGGGCUCUUAUUUGGCUUAUUGACACUGUCAAGAUCUAUUUGUCUAUAAGUAAGCAGCAGCUUAAUGACUUUUCUGAAGACAUGAAUAUCGAGGAUGGCGCUGAAUAUAAUAAACUCUUCCUAGAUUACACUGCUGAGGGAUAUGCCAAGUUCAUGGAAGGACAAGAUACAUUUGAAGAAGAGGAUGAGGCAUACUUUGCUAAAUUAAAGAAACUUUACAAUGUGGAUGAGGUCCUGUUGUCCUCAAUGGAGGAGAAGCACAGGAUACUGAGUGCUGAGGUGGAGCGCCUUGAGAAAGAGAAUCAGAUGGACCCACUGAUGAGCAAGAGGAUGGAGAAAUUGAAGCUGCAAACAGACCUUAAGAAGCUCCAGAGUUACCGUGGCAGCCUGGAAUCCUUCAAAGCUAACCUGGAAUGCAAAGCCUCAGAACUGAACAAAGAGAUUGAGGGAACUGGUCACCAUGUGGAAUCUGUAAAUCAGGAGAAGGAAAAACUGCAGCACAUCUUGAAGAACCAGAAAUUUACUCCAUCUGAUGUAGAAAGGAUCAACAGAGAGAAGAAGGAGCUUCAGCAGACCAUCUCCAGCCUCACCAAGACCAUGGAAGAGGCCCAACAGCACGUGUGGAAUGAAGAGAUCACUCUUGCCAAAGUCAAAGAGAAUGCAGAGCUGAAAUUAGCGGAAUACCAUAAACUAGCCCGCAAACUAAAGCUGAUCCCAGUUUCUGCAGAGAAUGCCGGCGGUCAUGAUUUUGAGAUCAAGAGCUCCUCUGACUAUGGACCCGGGACUAUUGUCCAGCAUAAGACACAAAUACAGAUGCCUCUGAGAACACUGAUUGGCAAUGUGGAGGAAGAAAGCAGUCGACUAACCAACAUGAAGCUUAGUCUAGAGGAGUCUGUCGAGCAGGUGAAUUCCAAUAUCUUGGACAAGUCGAAUGAUCUGAGGCAAAUGCGAGAGCAGAUUCGCAGGCUUGAUGAGCGACUAGAGCAUGACAUGCAGGAGCAUGCACUUGAGGAGCAGAAGUGGUCAGCAGAGGUGGACUCAGUUGAAAACCAUCAGAUGCUUCUAGAAAAGAAAGUACACCAUGGCUAUGAUGAAGCUUUGCAACAACUUAAGGCAGCACAGCAGCAGUACCACCUAGUGCUGCAAGAAACCAAUGAGGAGAGACGAACAGUUGUGAACAACCUCGCUUCUGUGUUCACCACUGCUGCCAACCACCUGUUUGUUGUGGAGAGAUCCCUGGAGGAACUUCACAGCAAAGUGCAGCGUAUCUGCACAAAGGCGAUAGAAGAGGAAGAGGCUGAAAUACAAAAUCUCCGCCAAAUGGCAAAGCCCUUCAUUUCAAAGGCACAGAGCUUCACUGGGGAGGCAAGCAAAUAAAUAAUCUGAACAGACAUUGAGAAGUGCCACCAGGUGUGUAACCAUUCCUGAAUCCCUCUUGCUGUUCGGUUUUGUCACCAAUUUGACCAUGAAAUUUUGAUAAAUAAACCUUGUUCUGUUACUAAAAUAAACAUAACACAUAUUGCCUUGAAUGAAUGAUUUAUUUCUGUCAUACAUUUUACAUUUGUGUGUAUAUACGACAGGCAGAAAAAAAACAUCAUCAUACAAAUUUACAUCAGUCCAUUUCACACAACAAAACUCAAUCAAUGACUGAAAAAGGAAUAGCCUGAAGCCCAAGGCCUAUUGUUGCCUAUCCCAUACAGUUCUUGAGUUAAACUAGAAUAUCAGAAUUACAAAAGGAAGAAAAAAAGAAUUCAUACUAAGUUGUAAUCCUUAAUUAUUUUGUAUUUUAAAGAUUUUCUGAAACUCAACAGUGACUACACAAUUUCAGCUCAUCAUUAAGACCGUUCCAUAGCUUGACUCCCAAAACUGAAAUACAUCUGUAUUUUACAUUGGUUCUCACUUUACAUGUUUCAAAAAUACACAGCCCUCUUAAAUUAUAGUUUCCCUCUCUUAAUUUAAAAAUUGUGGGAAACAAACAGGAAGGCUUUUACUUCUUUAC